AUGCAGAGUACACGUUGCGCCGGUAUAAAAGCAUGGGAAAACACGCUCGAAAGUUGCAGUUCUCACUUGACCGCCUUAAAUAUCAUAAUGCAACUCAUGGGGAUCCAGGUCGGCAUCGCCUUGACCGUCGUGCUGGCCAUGGGCCAUCGAUCACUGGCUGGCGUGAUACCCCUGGAAGGAGAAGGAUUUCACGAGCAACAGGGCCUAGCGAAACACGGUUCACUGGCCAGUUCGUACCUGCAGUUUCACGGACCGGUUGAAGGACCGGUGUACCAGGUGAAAGUGCCGUACGAUCACAAGGACACCACGAAUGAUCUGCACGGUCAGGAGGAACAGAACGAUAACGGUGACUCGUUCGACUACGUGGCGCAUCCCAAGUACGAGUUCUCGUACGGCGUGGAGGAUCACGAGACGGGAGAUUUUCACGCGCAGAAGGAGACACGGGACGGAAGCAGCGUUUCCGGCCAGUACAGCGUGAAGGAGCCAGGUGGUGGCGUCCGGGUGGUCAGCUACCGCGCCGACAAGGACGGAUUUCAUGCUGUAGUGCACACUUCCGGCAGAAAUGACCAUUCAGUUGGUGUGUACGCUGGUCAAGGCCAGCACCAUCAGGUUCACGAUCACCAGGAUGCGGAGCCGCAGGCAGAAGAAAUAGGCGAUUACGUCGCCUCGUACGCCGCGGACGAAGGAUACUGA